AUGAUCGGACUGGUGCAUUUUAGUGGUAAGAGCCUGGACGCUGUGGAUCUGCUGCCUUCGAACGAGGGGCGCCAGUCGCUGGUGCAGCAGCUGAUGAAGGGAUACGGCCUGCUUGACCACCCGAAAGUGCAGCUUUUGGCGCCGAAACUGGCGUCCGUAGACGAUCUGGCGAAAUUCCAUGACCGCGACUACGCCGUCGAGCUGCUCAGGCCGAGAAACUGGAAAGAGCACGAAAACGAGCUGUCGCGGCUGCAGCGAACGAUCUUGAAACGACGAGCGACGCGGGAAAGUCCCGACGAUCGUCGCUCGCUCGAUCAGGUGCCCUGCGCCUCGUACGGCCUCGUUUUCGACUGCCCGAUAUUCCCCCACAUGGAUGAGUACUGCUCGGUAGUGGCCGGUGGCUCAGUCCAAGCAGCCGAGUUUCUUAUCCGAAACCCCACAGUCGCGAUUAAUUGGGCCGGCGGACGGCAUCACGCACACAAAUCACAUGCUGCCGGGUUUUGCUACGUCAACGACGCAGUGCUUGCUAUUUUGAGACUGCGUCGCAAGUACUCGCGUAUCAUGUACAUUGAUUUCGACCUCCACCACGGGGACGGCGUGGCCAAUGCGUUCAAACUGAGCAACAAUGUGCUCACAGUGUCGGUGCACCGUGCAGAUGCCGGAUUUUUUCCCGGGACUGGUUUGAAGCCUGUGGAUGGGCUCGGCAGGGGAACAGGUUACGAGAUUAAUAUACCCACUAAAAGAGGUUUAUGCGACGCGUCACUUGAAUGGAUUGUCGCGCAUAUUGUUGUGCCGAAAAUUGAGGGGUACAGACCACAAUGUCUAGUGAUCCAGUGCGGAGCAGACGGUUUGUGCACAGACUCGGAGUUUAGAGAAUGGAAUCUGACCGUUUCCCGAUUCGGGCGCACAGUGUGUCAACUUGUACGCAGGACCGGGAUACCGUCUUUACUUCUCGGUGGCGGGGGCUACAACUCGCUCGAAACAUGCAAGUUAUGGUGCUACAUCACCGGAUUAAUUUUAGGUGAAGAAUGCCAAGGCUGGGCACAGCUGCCGGACGACCUGGACGACGAGCUGGUGGAUUUUCGAGAGCUGGAGUUCUGGACACACGACACACCGCGUAAUAUGGCAGAGCAGAAUACGCACGAGUACCUAUUGUAUCUUCAAAGUGCAAUUCUCGGUUGCUAA